AUGAAGUGUACGCGAGACCCAGACUCGGCGUCCUGCAAUCGCUGCAAGCGCAAGUCAUUAAGCUGUUUCUACGAAUCCCAUCGGCGCGGUCGCAAACCAGGCACAAAACUCCGGCCCAAAGCUGAACGGUUAAAGGCUGCCGGGCUCCCUGCCUUGCUCUCGAGCGCGCCGCCACCAGACACCAGCUCUGCCGUGACACCAGAAGAAGUCAUCCAGACUUCAAUAGACACACGCUCUCCCAAACGAAUAAAGUCGGAUACCAGCUUUAGCUCUCCAGACCUACCCGAUAAACCAAUACAGCCCGCCUUCACCUCCGAGAACCCACUGCCUACGAAGCUGGCUUCAAUAACACAAUUAACGCACCCUCUUUCAGAUAGCCUUGCACCAUUCGCCUUGCUGAAGAAGUCAUCUACCCCUGGAAACUUCUCGAUUGCAAAUAUCUUGAAUGCCGAAAACGAAAGCCCGGCCGAGGAGCCAUCUCGUUGGAAAGAUUGUUUGGCAAACGAUGCCCCCAUCGACCAGAAUGAUCCGGUACUCCAAAAUUUGAUCAACCUCCCUAUAGCUCAAGGCCUUUUCGAUAGUUUUUUCAAAUACAUGAACCCCUUCAUAUGCCAAUUCGAUCCUGUCCUCCAUACUGUACGAUAUGUUCGAAAUCGAUCGCCGUUCCUAUUCACCGCCCUCCUUAGCGUCGCUGCAAAGGUUUUCUGUCCGGCUAUAUAUACCAAACUACACGAACAUAGCGAGAAGCUCCUUCACAAUAUCAUGGGCUCAGGCGAGAAGUCUCUAGAGAUAAUCCAGGGCGUCUGCCUUUUGACACAUUGGAAGGAAUCCAACGACACGCGUGCGUGGAUGUUUAUCGGAUAUGCCAUUAGGGGAGGUUUAGAAUUAGGCUUGAAUAAACUUAAGCCAUCUAUUCUAGAUAAACCAAUGCAGCUUGCUUCUGGCUUUGAGGAGGAAAUGGAGUUACGGGAACAACGCAGCAAGGAACGCACCUGGCUCGUGCUGUUCAUUUAUGAUAGGAGUCUAAGUCUCCAGCUGGGCAUGCCAUCAAUGAUUACCAUGGACCCUCUGAUCCGAAACGUACAGAAUUGGCACCAGCAUGCAUAUGCCACCCCUGGAAUCGAUGAGAUGGUCACGGCCCUGACCCAGUUACGCAUAAUCGGCUUCGAGCUACUAGAUCUUUUCUGGCUUGAUCCACUCCAUACAUCACCAGAGUUCAUGAAAAAGGAUGAAUUCAUACUUCGGUUAUGCAAUAAUGAACUGGACAGAUGGGAGGCUCGAUGGCAUUUGAUCGUAGAUGAAGGUGAGAUUCAUUUCAAUUUGCCUCCUGUCUGCUUGGGAUCAAAGCUAACGUACUUUGAAGCCGACGCGACUCUUGCCCAGCGAUUCCUUGUUCGAUUUUACGGCUACCAUUUGAGAUUACUUCUGCACUCCUUUCAACUACAGCUAUCCAUCGCCAAUGGGUCUGCUUCUAAACCUGCGCUAUGGAUCCUCCUAUCAUUCCCCGGAGAACUCCCAGGCGAAGCGGAGAGUAAAGUACUCGACUACAUACUGGAGGCAAGUGAGUAUUUUGGCCGACAAUCGCCGACAGACAACACUAGCUGUCACUACCAGAGCCAGUUCCUCGCGAAUGUGGUUGCACAAUACCGAGCCUCCAGGGCCUCCCCUGCAUCUUCUGUGAAACGACCGGCUUCAAAAGAGCUCUGUGAUCUGAUGCAGGAGACUACAAGCGGCGCAGACGCCAAAACGCAAGUAAAUCUCUCACCGAUAGCUGUACCACCACUUCACCAGACGUCUCUUCCGUCGCCCUUUCAAACAUCUCAGCAGCAGCAGCAACAGCAGCAACAGCAGGAGGACGGGCUCAGCCAGCCACAGCAGCCGCAACAACAACAACAACAACAACAACAUCUCACGCCUCUUAAUCACCAUCUCCAGGUGACAUCGCACCUUCAAAACGACCUAUUCUCGUCCUCAAACACUCCACCGCCGAUACCCAUGCAUAUGCCGCUAAACGACCCACUGCACAACCCGCACCACGACCAGCAGACCCUCCCUUUGAUCCACCCUGAUCAUAACCAGCAACUACUUGCAUGUGCACGACCUCUGCUCCCGCCAUCGAACAUCGAGUGCACUAUCAGCGGGUCCAUAAAUAGCGGCAUGAUGAGCUCGGGCAGGAUAUUUGCUUCCCCAAGUCUUCACCCAUCGUCGACCCACCAAGCCAACAGCAAUAACACGGGCACUAUGAUGGGGAGCGGUGGGACAGCAUCUGCGUCAGGGAUACCAGUGACGUCAAGUCCUGGCCCUGCUGGAAACGCCCCGAACAGCAGCGACAGUAACGACGGCUACGACAACUACACUCCCACCAACGCUCAGAAUGUCGCACCGUUCAGCAAUACCGGAACGUGGGAGAACCUAUUUGCUCAUGCCGGGUUUAAUAUCAACGGUGGAGCAUUCCUGCCGAACCCUGGAAGCUCCUGA